AUUAACCCCCUUGCCUUGUUUAAUCUAAUAUGUAGCUCAUUAUAUAAACAGGCAUCCCACGGUCAGAGAGGAUUAUAAAGAGAUCCUGUCCUACGCAUACCCGAAUAAAAACAGAUGGCCCUGCCUGGUCGUAAAAGUCACCCAAGGUUUACAAGCCUCAUUUAUUUGUGUUCAUUACUUAGACUGAAGGAAAUACUACAUCAUAUCCUUAGAGGACUUACCAAGAAGCAGUACAGACCAAGGAGCAAAGUUGCAUAUCAGCAUGCAGAAGAAUGAAGCGGAAUAAUUUACUAAUAAAAUAUUGAAUUUCUAAUGUCGGUGGAUAUGGGUUACAAUGCAUUUAUUUGAGGAAUUUGGACUGAUUUAGUAGCAACGGUGGUGACGGAAAAGAAGAAGACUCAUCUUUAUCAUUUCAUAUUGCUGGCUUGAAUAUAUUUGACAGAGCUAUGGUGUCAGAGGUGGUGAUCCUGACGGUCUACAUCCUUACCUUCCUGACUGGCCUGCCGGCAAACACACUUGCCUUGUACGCCUUCAUCAAGAAGCUCCGUGACAAACCCACCCCCACGGACUUCCUCCUGCUCAAUCUGACUAUAUCAGACCUUCUUUUCCUACUCUUCCUGCCUUUCAAGAUGUACGAGGCAGCAUCUGAAAUGCGCUGGCUCCUCCCUAGUUACCUGUGUCCCCUCACCACGUUUAUAUUCUUCUCCACCAUCUAUACCAGCUCACUGAUGCUAAUGGCUGUUAGUGUUGACCGUUACCUGUGUGUGGCAUUCCCAGUCAAGUAUAAGAUCUACCAGAAACCUGUAUAUGGAGUCAUCUGCAGCAUCUUUAUCUGGAUCACUACGUCAACUCAUCUCUGCUUCGUAUAUAUUGUGGAUCACCUGACUGGAGAGGAUAGCCAGGUCCAUGACUGUUACAACAACUUUACUCAGUCUCAGCUGGAUGUAGUAUUGCCCAUGCGUCUAGAACUAUGCGUUGUUCUCUACUUCCUCCCACUCAUCGUUUGCACCUUCUGCUACACAAAAUUCAUCCUCAUUCUCAGGCGCACAGCCAGCCUCAAUGAGGGGAAGCGACGGAGGGCUGUUGGCAUGGCCUUGGGUACACUUUUGGUCUUUGUGGUCUGCUUCCUGCCCUACAACACCACACACCUCCUGGGCUACAUCACCAGGGACAACGUGAUCUGGAGAUCUGAUGCUUUGCUGCUCACCACCGUCAACACAAUCUUCGACCCAAUCACUUUUUAUUUCUCCUCAGCUGCCUUCCAAGGAAAUCUGAAGGCUCUCCUAAGACCCAGGACUAAGACUGCUUACACUGGCGAGGUGAUAGAAAAUGUCUGCACUAAACCGAAUCGAGUGAUACAAGGCAACCAUACUGAAAAUAUACCCGAUAACGAUGCUAGUGAAUUGCCAUGUCCAUAGAAAGUUUGAUCUUCUGCAAACCUCUUAGAACCAAAUUUUGGGGUCUUGCAAGACCUUCACAGUUGGUUGACAGAAUAGCAGAAUCCACAUGAAUAGGUAUCUUUACUUUGUUCGGUAACAAAAUAUGUUUAACGCAAAGUUCCAGUGAGGCCAAAAAGUUGGUGCCAAAUUUGCUGGGACAAAAAUCGACGCCAAACUUAGCACAUCUUAGGUGAAAGAUGCAGCAAUCGGGCACUCCCGGGAUCGUGAGGCUCACAAAGUCGUCAUUUAUGUCACUCUGCCAUUCAGACUUUAUUGUCUGAAGAGUUCAUUCCAUUUUAUUUACAUUGGGAGGAAGCCAGAGAAUGUCUUCAGCCCUUCAACCCACAAUGUUUGUUUCUAACUGCAUGAAUCCUUUACUGGAGUCAAUAAAUCCAGAGUUUGCUAUCUAAAGUUAUGCCGGUUCCAAGAAGUAUAAGGUUUUGCUAGGCAAGUUGAACCCUGUGAUGUAAAUACCACUCCCUUGUCAUGUUUACAUAUUUUAUAACUCUCAACCUUCAUCAACAACAAGAUGAAAAUACCUUUAAAUGGAAAAUAUCAUUUAAAUGUUAUAUUCAGGGUCGUGUCUGUGCUUUUGUGAAAUUUAAGAGACAUCCUCACUUGUGGCCAGUGUCCUAUGGACACUGAUGAAGAGAUAAAAAAAUAAAUAAUUGCUUUUGUGAGGGAAAUUGUCUGACGCAAUAGCAGCACAAAGACAGAAAUGGGUUUUUUAAAUGGCUGUUAGGAAAUAUUUUGACCAAGUAUGAGCUUUGUCUUGGUUUAUUGAUACUCUUUUAAAUAUAUAUCGUGCAAUCGCACUGUGAAGAAACAUGGAAUGACAAUAAGAUGUUAUGCAAAAGAGGGCUGAGUAGAAGUCUAUAAAUGAUGCAACUAACUAUGAAUGAGCAAAAUGAAAAUUUUUUCUAUGUAAAAUAUCUUAACUGAUCUCUUGGCUGUCCUUACGCUAAAGUCAAAAACCUCAGUUUCAGCUCUCCAUAUUAAAGCAGCGUGCAGAAAAUAAAUACUGUGUGGUAUCCUA